UCUUAAGCCAAAGGCAGCACUCGGAUGGAUAAAAUGGUGUUUUAAAUGUUAAGCGGCAGCGGCAGUGAGUUGGUGGAGGGCGAUCAUGCGGCGGCGGAGCCAACCCCGAGAGUGCUCAUGAUACUGUCGUUGGUGCUGGAGCGGCUGGUGGCUCGCAACGACGCCCUCAUAAAUGGGGUCAGGGAGCUGCCGCUGGAGGAGUCCGGGUCCGGGUGCUACCACAGCCACAUCGGGAACAGCUUCAACGCGUUCCAGGGAGUGAGACCGCCCGGCAUCAGCAUAUUGAAGUACUUGGAGAGAAUAUACAAGUACACCAAUUGCAGCCCUUCUUGCCUCGUUGUUGGCUUCGUUUACAUCGACAGGCUCCUCCAUCGACACCCCCAUUCCCUCGUCGCCUCCUUGAAUGUCCAUAGGCUUCUCGUCACCAGCGUCAUGGUUGCCUCUAAGAUGCUCGACGAUGUGCAUUACAACAAUGCGUUCUACGCGCGGGUGGGAGGGGUGACCAAAGGGGAGCUCAACAAGCUGGAAUUGGAGCUGCUUUUUCUCUUGGAUUUUGACCUCACCGUCACCGCGCGGGCUUUCCAGACCUAUUGCUUCCACUUGGAGAAGGAGAUGCUGUUGAACGGUAACGGAGAGAUGCACAGGAUCCAAAUGCCGCUGCCGCUCCUCGUCUCCAAUAGCUUGGACGACGUGUCGGAAAUUUCCGUGGACGACAGUACUCUUAUUUCUUCUUCGCCGCCCCAACCUGUCGACUGACCGACCUUCUUUUAAUUUUCUUCUCCCAUUUUCUUGCUUUCUUGUUCCCCUGUCGCUCAAUGUACCGAUUCAGAUUAUUGCUGAAUCCAGAAGAAGAAUAUUGAAUUCAGUCUCACGGAUAUUCCAUAUAUAUUGGAAACUUUUCAUUUUUUAA